AGCGGUUAAGACCUGAUAAUAAAUUCGUAAUCGCAAAAAAAUGAGUACCGCGGAAUACAAUCCCAUACUGACGCGUAAAAAUCGCUUGGAACUGUUUACCUUAGAUGAGUGUAAAGAGAUUUUGGCUAAUUUAUUGGCCGAUAAGAAACAAAGUGGGGUCUUGACAAACUUUGAAAUAGUACCGGCUUUGGAGCAUGUGGGUUUCUUGGGGGAAUACUUCCACCUACAUCUCAGGUAUCAGUUGGAGGGUCAAAAAGAUGAGCAAAUCACACGAUUGUUUGUCAAAUCGGUGAUAUUUCAAAAUGCCAACAUGGAGUUCUAUAUGGAAAAAAUGGGCAUUAUCAAAAAGGAGAUGAAGCUAUAUGAAUUGCUGAAUAAGUUGAAGAAGUUUUCCCCUCAUGUCUGGUGCGCCAAGUGCUACUUCACCCGCGAUGAUCUCUUCGUAAUGCAGAAUGUAGAAGAUAUGGGCUAUGUGGCCUUGCCACCGGGGACUACUUUCCUCAACAAAGACCAAUUGCAACCAAUAUUGAAAUCCCUUGCCACUUUACAUGCCAGCAGUAUUGCUUUUGAAAAACAGGAGGGGAAAACCAUCGGAGUUGAACUGAGGGAAUGGUUAAAAGAGAUGUCUGUGGAUCCAGACAUUGAGUGGUACAUCACGGGAUUGAAUGCUGUGUUAGCCGUGGCUGCCACACAUCCCAAGGUGCGGGAUAAUCCCCAAGCUCUGGAAUACAUAGCAAAGGAGCUACCACGUUGUCUGGACAGGGUGUAUUAUAUGGUUAAUCCCUCCCCAGUUCAUAGAAAUGUCUUUGUGCACCGCGAUGCCUGGGGCGCCAACGUCUUCUAUCACAAGGACCAGCCUAAGGAUAAACGAUCCAUUCUUGUGGAUUUCCAACUGUGCCGAUACUCCCCACCUGCCAUGGACUUUCAUCUAGUCAGUUAUCUCAACUUGGAGCCCUCAACUCGGAAGAUAAUGUUAAGUGAUUUAAUUGAUAUUUAUUAUGAAACCUUAUCGGAGGAACUCGAACAGAUGGGAAUCGAUCCGAAGAAAGAGAACUUGAGCAAAGGAGAAUUCAUACAAUCCCUUGAGGAUUUCUCACUUUUCGGUGUAACUUACAAUUGCAUUGCAGCCACUAUACUACGACUUCCAGACAACUACCUAAAACACCUCAAGGACAAGAGUCCUGCGGAUUUUCAUCGCUUUUGCAAUGUGAAUCGCACAGAAGAUGUACUCCGUUUGAUGAAAGAUUAUCCGGAAUUUGCUGAUUAUAUGUACGAGUGUGUGGGGGAUUUGCUGGAACUGACAUAUAAUAAACAAAACUGAUUAAAAAAAAUUUGGUAAAGCCUUACUAUCUCUCUGGU